AUGAGUUACGAUUCGCGUCAAGCCAGCGGGCCGUAUGGCACUUCGAAUGAGAUGGGGGGCGAAACUAAAAAGGGCUCCGUACGUGCAGCGAGAGGGAAGCUACAGGCUACGAACCCGCAAGGACAGGUACCAGACAGGCCGAGAAUAGCUGGAUUGCCCCAGCGUCCUGAUCAAUUGGUCUCUCAGCCCUCUCCACCUCGACCGCAAGCAACGGAACGACGAGAGCUGGUUCCUGAAGAUGAUCGUUCGGCUGGCUCCCCUUCUCCCCAAUGGCCGCUGCCUACGAAGAAAACACCUACGACGAGCGUCGCGCCAGAAGCUCGAAACAUGCCACGACCGCCGAAUCGAGGGCCGCCUCCUCGAAGACCACCUCGUCCUGUGUCCGAUGACUUUGCAGAAGAGACCGAUCCGCCCGACGUGUACCGUUCUUCGUACCAAAGUGAAAAUUUUUUGUCGCCGACAUCUGCCGCACCGUCAUCGCGUCCCCUCACCACUUCCUCAGUCGCAUCGGAGGCGUCCUCCCUUGGUUCGAUACCCGACUUUCCCGUCCCCAUCCCGCCUAUGCCAGCAGUGCAACCCCUGCCACGCCGACUACCUACCCUCGGACCCCCACCUUCAGCGCGGAGAGGACCACCUUCAUAUUACACGCAAUCCUCCUUCGUCUCUCCUAUAGCCGAAGAAUCCGAGACGCGAUCAAAUACGAUUCGUUCACAUCGCGGUUCUUUCGCGUCGAGCGCCGUUAUACCCAUCAACGACGAUCAGUAUUAUCGGGAAGAUGACGACGAUGGCGUCCGCUCUGAGGAUGACGAAACCGUGACCAGCGAGUUUGGAAGAAACUCCAGGGCAAGCGAUCACGAUGAAAAGAGCGAACUGGUUCAGCCCACUCUUGUUCGGCAAGCUAGUCUGGGAAGAAGGACAAAGCCGUCCCUGAUGACUAUCAAAUCUGUUGAGAGUUUUGGCGAGAAGAGAAACCCGUCUGUCAAGAAGAACCCUGGUGUAGACGAAGAUAACCUGUCCAAGAUCGGAAACACAGUUCUAGCAGCGAGAGAUGGACUGGCUGGGCGAGCAGCCCAAGGAUCGCAGGGCCCUUCGCUCGGCAACAGCUCCAUAUUACUUGAUCCCUCAUCCUCCUCUGAGGAAUCUCUGGAUGGUUUUGUGACCUCCAUGCACCCUAUGCAACCAGGAGACAAGCAAACGUCUUUUGGUGACCGUGUGGGGAAACGUCGACCCCCGCGCAUUGAUGUCGAUGCGGUCCGCGAUGCUGAGGCACGUGGCAGCUUGACAAGCCUGCCUGAGCUGAUCAAGAGAGCCACGAGACUGGCCGCAAAUCUCGACCGUGGAAAGACGGCCAGUCGUCUGGGGCUUGAGUUUUGGGAGGCUGGUGCGCCAGAAAAACGAACGCGGCAGUCCGGGACAUUGUCCGACAUGCUCGCUGCAUUCCCCCCGCCUGGAGAGGCUACCCCUACCGGUAACAGAACGCCGAACAAUCAGAGAUGGCCCGGGGACAAAGACGGAGGCUAUGGUCGGACAAGUUCAGUGUCUAGUGGCGAGAAGCCAACUCGACGUCGCCGUUGUUGCGGUUUGCCCAUGUGGACAUUUGUGACUCUGCUCAUUGUGCUGCUUUUUCUGGUGGCCGCCGCGGUGAUUAUCCCUAUCGUGCUGAUUGUUGUACCGAAUAUGAAGGAGGCGCAGGCACAGUCUCAAACCCCUAAUGCCGGUAAUCGAGCGAGCAACCUCCCGAAUCUACCGGCGCCGACGUCAAGCGCGCCAAAGAACCAAUGCGAUGGGAUCAUCACUUGCCGGAACGGGGGAGUGGCCAUUCUGAACGCAGACCGCUCAUGUAAUUGCGUUUGUAUCAAUGGCUUCACCGGAAGGGCUUGCGAGAAUGAAGGAGAUGCCGCGUGUACAACCACGAAUGUUUCGGGAGCUGCCAACAAUGCCACCCUCGGUUCGGGAAUUCCCCGGCUUUUCGAAAGUGCACAGAAGAACUUCAGUAUCCCGCUGGAUCCUCCGACGCUACUUUCAAUAUUCUCAGAUCUUGGUCUUAGCUGCAACACUGAAAACGCGUUGAUCACCUUCAAUGGACUGGCUGCUCGAUCAGUCCUGAAUGUCGAGACCACGCUUGAACCCUCGAAGUCUCUGCCUCUUCUUAAUGCACCACAUGGAGCGCAGGACAUUGGUCAAUUGGGUCGGCGUCAGGCGGUUGGAGAGCCAGGACAAGUAAGACCGAACACCGUUCAAACCGGAGCUCCCGCUCCGUCGCCGUCCCCAUCAACAUCAUCCGUACCGAUUCGCUCGAUAUCACGUAACACUACUGCGAUCGACUUUGCAAGGAUCGGCGUCCUGUUGCUUUUACAGGAAACGCGGGAGCUGGAGCAAGCAGCGAAUGCGCAAGUGAAGAUCCAGGAGUUUCUUUCGGAUGCCAGUACGGGCGAUGCUAGGAGCACCACGGUCGAUCUGGGGCAGUUCAGAAUGGACCUCCUGGAGCUGUCUGUGGAUUUCAGAAACGGGACCACGAUUCAGGGACGGCCUGCCAUCCCAAAAGCAUGA